UAUAUGUCAAUAUAUUCUGAUUAGUGUAGAUCUUCUAUUUAUGGACAUUGUAUAUUUAGCUCCUGAAUGGCAAGUAAUUAGGUCCUAGUUUAGAGCCUUACCUUAUGUAGCUUAGCUUGUAUAUAUCAUUGGUAAGAUUGUUGUGAAUGGCAGGGAAAUAACUUCUUUCAUGGUAUCAGAUUUCUAGCAAAAGAUCCUACCUUUUCCACACCCUAGCCGCCCCUCUUCUUGCUCCAUUCUUUCAUCUUCUUCUCCACAUUCUCCAUCUCCAUGGGUGACUCAAAGUCCUCUUUCCACCCUGCUCUUGCUGUUUCAAACAUCAAGAAUCUUGUUCCCAUCACUCUUGAGAUGGAGAACGUUCAAUAUGCGACAUGGGCGGAGCUCUUCAAAAUUCACGCAAGAUCCCAUAAGGUCCUUGAUCAUAUUAUUCCUCCGGCUUCGGGAAAGGAGAAAAUGCCUAAGACCGACGAGGAGAAGGAACUGUGGUCCACUCUCGAUGCAACAGUUCUUCAGUGGAUCUACGCCACUAUCUCACAUGAUCUGUUACACACCAUUCUUGAACCCGACACCACGGCAAUGGAGGCUUGGAAUAGGUUGCGUGAUAUAUUCCAAGAUAACAAACACUCCCGUGCCGUUACACUUGAGUAUGAUUUCACUCACACACAAAUGGAGAAUUUCCCAAAUGUCUCUGCUUACUGUCAACAUCUCAAGUCGUUGUCGGAUCAACUUAAGAGCGUCGGCUCUCCGGUGGACAAUAGCCGGCUGGUUCUCCAACUAGUUUCGGGCCUUACCGAGUCAUACAAAGGGGUGGCCACACUAAUUCGUCAAAGUGACCCUCUGCCUCAAUUUUAUCAAGCCCGCUCAAUGCUCGUUCUUGAAGAAGCGGGACUGAAGAAGGCGACUCAGACCACCGAUUCUGCCAUGGUGGCCCAUGACUUGGAUGAUUCUCACGAGAAUGUUGAUCAACAUUCUAACCACCGUAAUAAUUAUGGUGGGAAACGGCACCAACACCGAAACAAUUCUGGGAAGCAGCGUUCUUCGUCCGGUGGUCGUGGCGGCGGCAAAGGCAGUUCUGGUAAUAGCUCCAGUGGUGGGGGCAAAGGCGGCAGCACCAACAGGUGGAACGGUGGCCAGCAGCAACCCCAGAAUCAGUGGCUGUCUUCGCAGCAGUGGCCUUGGCCAUGGAUGCAGUGGGCAGUUCCACCGUGCCCAUUUCCCGCUGGUCCAUGGGCCAGGCCUCAUUUCCGACAAGGCCAACACCAGCAACCUGGGAUUCUUGGACCUCGACCGCAGCAACCCUACUCGGCUACUGGUCCGACCCCAACUGAUAUAGAGGCGGUGAUGCACACCCUCGGCAUUACUCCUCCGGAUCCAAACUGGUACAUGGACACCGGUGCCACUUCUCAUAUGACAUCUGGGUAA